UCACCAUACUGUCGCGCGCACAGGGCAGCACACGUGUCUACCGGUGUGGGUCCUGAGUUUCACCCUGUCGCUCAGAAUCGAGAGAUUGUGGGUGGCCCCAGACCCCUUUUGGUGUACGCUCACCCUGGCUUGCGUGAGCGUGAUCCACGCAGUUCACUGCGCUCACGGAGCCAACUUGGUCAAGCAAUUGUCCCGGGAGCGGCGCGCGGGGGGCACCGGGCACUGCGCAUGCGGAGCUCCAAAUUCAAACAGCUGUGUCAGGGCUGUUGGACUGGUGGACCGCUGUAACUAGGGGACUCGUUCACUAGGAGGUGGCCACUGAAGAGCCAUGGUGGACCGGGGUCCCCUGCUCACCUCGGCCAUCAUUUUCUACCUGGCCAUCGGGGCGGCGAUCUUCGAAGUGCUGGAGGAGCCGCACUGGAAGGAGGCCAAGAAAAACUACUAUACACAGAAACUGCUUCUACUGAAAGAGUUUCCGUGCCUGAGCCAGGAAGGCCUGGACAAGAUCCUACAGGUGGUGUCUGAUGCUGCAGAUCAGGGUGUGGCCAUUACAGGUAACCAGACUUUCAACAACUGGAACUGGCCUAAUGCGAUGAUUUUUGCAGCCACGGUCAUCACCACCAUUGGUUAUGGCAAUGUGGCUCCCAAGACCCCAGCUGGGCGCCUCUUCUGUGUCUUCUAUGGUCUCUUUGGGGUGCCGCUGUGCUUGACAUGGAUCAGUGCCCUGGGCAAGUUCUUCGGGGGACGUGCCAAGAGGCUGGGCCAGUUUCUUACGAGGAGAGGAGUGAGCCUGCGGAAGGCUCAGAUCACAUGCACAGCCAUCUUCAUCGUGUGGGGCGUCCUGGUCCACCUGGUGAUCCCGCCCUUUGUGUUCAUGGUGACAGAAGAAUGGAACUAUAUCGAGGGCCUCUACUAUUCCUUCAUCACCAUCUCCACCAUUGGCUUUGGGGAUUUUGUGGCUGGUGUGAAUCCCAGUGCCAACUACCAUGCCCUGUACCGCUACUUUGUGGAACUUUGGAUCUACCUGGGAUUGGCCUGGCUGUCCCUCUUUGUCAACUGGAAGGUCAGCAUGUUUGUGGAAGUGCACAAAGCCAUUAAGAAGAGGCGGCGGAGGCGAAAGGAAUCUUUUGAGAGCUCCCCACACUCCCGGAAGGCCCUGCAGAUGGCUGGAAGUACAGCCUCCAAAGACGUCAACAUCUUUAGCUUCCUCUCCAAAAAAGAGGAGACCUACAAUGACCUCAUCAAACAGAUUGGGAAGAAGGCAAUGAAAACAAGUGGGGAGAGGGUUCCAGGAUCUGGACAUGGGCUGGGACCUCAAGGGGAUGGACUAUCUGACAUCCCUGCAUCCCUGGUACCUUUGGUGGUCUAUUCCAAAAACCGAGUGCCCAGCUUAGAAGAGGUAUCUCAGACUCUCAGAAGCAAAGGGCAUGUGUCGAGGCCAGUUGGUGUGGAGGCUGAAGCGCAGGCUCCCAAAGAUGGCUACCCAGGCUCUGAAGUAUUUAUUAACCAACUGGACCGUAUCACUGAGGAGGCUGAGCCAUGGGAAGCCCUGGACUAUCAUCCGCUCAUCUUCCAAAAUGCCAACAUUACCUUUGAAAAUGAGGAAACAGGCUUCUCAGAUGAGGAAACCUCCAAGUCUUCCAUGGAGGACAAUUUGGCCUCAAAGGAGCAGCCUCAGCAAGAGGCUGUGCCUGAGGCACCCUUGAGCACGGGUGAAUUCCCUUCAUCAGAUGAGUCCACCUUCACCAGCACCGAGUCAGAGCUCUCUGUGCCUUAUGAGCAGCUGAUGAACGAGUACAAUAAGACAGAUAGCCCUAGAGGCACGUGAGGCAGGCCAGGCUCCCCGCCUGCUCUCCAGUGGCUUCUUCCCCUCACCUGGGUUGUCCUGUGAUGGCCAGAUCCCUGGGGAGAGGGCCCUGGAAAUGAGAUGGGGAGCCAGGGCCCUGCUUUUCCAGCUGGUUGCUUGCUUCCAUGGGAUGUGGUGUCGGCCCAGGACAGGCCUCCAUUCUACAGCCCCCAUGGGGAGGCUGCUGUCCUGGGCCUGCCUUGUAGGUAGGUAUAUCUGCUGACUCGAGGCAUGUAGGCUAUAGCACUCACCCUGGAGGUCCUAUGUCUGUUGGUUAAGUCUUCCCCCGUUGUUUGGUUGACUGUCACACGGUUCUCUGAGUUCACCAGUAUUAACGAGCACCUCCUGCGUGCUAGGCACUGAGCUAGGCAUUUGGAAGGAGGAGCUUGUAAGACCCAGAGUUGUCAUGUUGAGUCUUCUGGGGAGGCACAGGUAUGAUGGGGUUUGGUAGUAGCAGGACCCAUCUGUUCAUCCACUCACUGCUCUGCCCAGCAAGCCCUUUACUGCAAACCUCAGGGCAGGGGCUGUGUGUGUGUGUGUGUGUGUUGGGGGGGGGGGGGGUCCACUAUCUGUCCCAGAGCCUUGUCCCGUCUCAGAUUCCCUUUGUAAGCAACAGCAAUGCUGUACCCUGGGGGUGCAGGAGAAAGAUGGGUGACUAUGGAAAUUAGUACUCCGGGCAUGGUCAGGGAGCUUAGAUGUGAAGUCCAGGUCCCUCAGCCCCUUCCUGAUGGAAGUACAAGUCCCAGCCCCAGUCUGGGCACCCACACUCCCAACCCACCAUCUCAUUCCCUGAGGAUUCCCUCACUGCCUCUCCCCCUCACCCCUCUUUUAGUGGGUCCUAUGGGGUGAGGCCACAUCUUGGCUUACAGAACUGUGAAUUGAGCUCCCUUCUUAAACCACUGUGUGGUGGUAGUGUGUGUGGGGUGCCAGUGGGUGUGUGUGCGUGCAUUUGGGCUGGGGAAAAAAGAAAAUGUGAAUUUUACUGGACCAGAUAUUCCUGGUGAGGUCUGGAAACUAGCUGCUGUAUAAGUCCUUGAUGCUCAACCUCCAGCUAGCCUGCUCUGGCCUAAAUGGUUUUUGUUAUUAAUAUUUCUUAAUGAAUUGUUCUUUUUAUACCCAGAAUCUGUCAUUGACUUCAGAGCCAAUAAAGAACAGGGUCCCUGCAAAGUGGGAUGGAUGUCUGUAGAGGGCACUCUGUUGUCCUUCCAACUCAGCUUGUUCAUUUGUGGUAAUGCCAGUCAAGGCCUUAUGCAGAGCUGGGGGGGGGGGUGGACAACACCACUGCAGGUCACUGGGUGCUGGGGGCAGGAGAUAAUAACCUGCCUCAGCCCCUUCCCUUACCAUGUAUAUUCUACCGAGGGGCAUAUAGGGCCAGAGCCCCAUACAUGAUGUCAGUGAGAGGUGUGUGUUCAUACCUCCACCAUUCUCUAAGCGGUUGUAGAGGCCACAUUGGCUUCAGGGUGGGAGGGACAGCCUGGCUCCUGUGAACAGUGUCCUAAGAUGAAUGUCCUGGAGCCACACUAACCACACUGUAUACAUGUCCUGGUGGUGAAGGCAGAUGUAAUUUAUUUUAACAUUUUUACAAUAAAACACAUGAAC